UGUCGCGCCGCUUCUUAAUGAGCUCCCAUGCACUUUAACACGUCGGACCGACACGGCCGAGGGCGCAUUAUGGGUCCCAGGGCAGCCAGAUGAGUGCCGUGGCGUUCAUCGGCUCCUCUUGCUGGCGUCUGCGCGUAUAUGUCGCUGACACACGGAGACGGGGAGAGCAAGAGCCAGCUUGCUUCGUCGCGUAUAUAUUUAUUAUUUUCCCUCCGCCGCUGUUGGAUUGUUCGUUUUUUUGCUGGCUUGGAGUGCUCGUCGCUGUCGCUGCUUUGGAAAUUCUGCGUGGAACAGCUCGAGGCUGAGGGUCGUCUAGGCUGCGUCCGGAUAUGGGCGAUCAACGGCAUGCAGGCGCUGUUAAAGUGGCUGCGAAGACAUCCUUCAGCAUUGACAGCCUAUUGCUCGAAGCGGUGCAGCGCGGAUACCAUCGCGGCGGCGGCAGUGACAGCAGCAGCAGCGGCGGCAUUAUCAUCAACAGCAGCAGCAGCGGCAUCAUCAUCAACAGCAGCAGCCGCGUCGUCAGGAGUGGGGACGGGGAAGCGGCUGGGAACGCCGGUGGCAGCACGGGCGUGGAGGAGGUGGAGGAGGUGGUGGAGGAGAGGACCCGCGGCACCGCGCGGCGCGAUAGCAGCAGCAGCGGCGGCGGCGAGAAGAGGGCGAGCGCCGACGCGAACGGCGUGGAGGGAUGCGACGAGGCGGACGACGAGAAGUCGUCCUGCCCCCGGCACGAGAAGAGCAACAGCAGCAGCAGCAACAGCAAGCACGAGAAGCCGCCCUUCAGCUACAACGCGCUCAUCAUGAUGGCCAUCAGGCAGAGCCCCGAGAAGAGACUCACGCUGAACGGCAUCUACGAGUUCAUCAUGACCAACUUCCCCUACUACCGCGAGAACAAGCAGGGCUGGCAGAACUCCAUCCGGCACAACCUGAGCCUCAACAAGUGCUUCGUGAAGGUGCCGCGCCACUACGACGACCCGGGCAAGGGCAACUACUGGAUGCUCGACCCGUGCAGCGACGACGUCUUCAUCGGAGGCACCACGGGCAAGCUGCGCCGGAGAUCGGGCGCGUCCCGGGGCAAGCUCGCUUUCCGCCGCGGCCCUCUCUUUGCCUCGGCCGGCCUGGCGCUCAUGGAGAGAGCGGCCUCGAUCUUCUGGCCCAUCAUGCCCCCUCCGCCUCCUCCACCGCCUCCGCCGCAUCAUCCCCAUCAUCAUCAUCAUCAUCAUCCUCACCCGUCCUCCAUUCAUCCUCACCUGCAGAAUCAUCACCAGCAGCAGCAGCAGCAGCAGCUUCAGCAACAGCACGGGCUGCAUUACAGCGCAGCCCAGACGUUCCAUUGCCCUCCGCACGCAAGCGCAGCUGCAGGGCUGUACGCGCCGCUGCUGUGCCACGCGGCCUUGGGAGGUCCUCCCCUGGCGCUCGCGGGAGCCUGCGGUGGCUUUUUGCAGCUUGCCGAUGGGCUUAGAGGCUUUCGGGACUUACCGUUCCAUCACCACCAUCAUCAUCACCAGCAGCAGCAGCAGCAACUUACCGCGACCGCGUUUGCAGCUCUGACUGGCCUACACGGUGGGAAGGCGACGACUGAACCUCAGCAGCAAAGUCAAGUGGACGCGUCAAGCUCUACGGUGGAGCCGUGCGUGGGCACGAGCAUCGUAGCAGCCAUCCCCCCAGCACUCUCCGCCUUCUACCCGCGCGUGUCAUCCGCCUACGCCUCUUUGCAUUGACCGCGCAGCGUGCUGAUGAUCGCUAAGGUUUCUGAAACCACGUGUACAUAGACGACACCGUGCUUUACCGAUAAACAGACACAAUUCAACGACGCGAUCUCAAGACUGUAAGUUCUUGUUUCUCUUUGUUUAUUCGUUUUCAAAGCAAUCCGCACGCUCGACUCACUUGUGCGCCCAGAUAAUAUAGCUGUAUGAUUUAAUUGACGAUUGAACGCGCCUCUAAAGUUAUGCCGGCUCAUGUGUACAUAGCUACGAUAUUAUAGAGGAAAUGUGAAUUUGUGUCAUUGUGCAAUAAGUCAUUGUUUUCCACGGCAUAUACGAUACACUAAUCUCGGUAGUAACACACGGUACUCUCAAAGUCAACUUAAAGGAACACGUGCACAAUGUGAAUGUCUUGUAAAUACAAACUGUAUAUAACGUGUUUCUGGCGUACUUUGUAUGCCCUUUAGGAUGUAAACUUGCAGCGUUUUUUGAAUAUAUAUAAAUGACAUUUGUUUUAAAACUUU